UUUAACACUUUGACUGCCACGCCGAAAUCACAUGUUUUGCUCAGGACGCCAUGGGAGUUCUUUUAUUAUUUAAAACAUAUAAUGGCAAAAUAUAAAUAAAUUGAUGAUAUAAGACAACAUUUUUACCCAAUGAAGCGUUUAUCUGACUGUUGGUCACGGGUGACCACCGUGGCGCCAUGGUGACAGUUGCUAAAGACAAAUUAAAACAGGCCUUCGUUUAUUUCAACAAGCUUUCGUAUUUCUUAUUUCGUCGUAAACGAAACGUCCACAAUUGGCGAAACGUGUAGCAAAAAAAUAUAGAAAAAAUAUAUUGGUGAAACGUGCAGAAGAUAAACAGUAUUUGCUCAUUUUAUAUAUAAUAGUAAGUGUUCGUAGAUUACCCCUCAUAAUUAUGGAUGCAAACACUGAAUAUUUUUCGAGUGUAUCCGAGGAGUCUUCAUCGGAAGACUCGUCCCAAAAUGAAGUAUCGGAAGACGAAAUAAUUCACAUAUCGCCCACGAUAAGGCGACGCCGAAUCGAAUCGGAUACCGAGGAUGAAUUGGAUUUAGAAAAUGAAGAUGAACAUAAUAUAGAUGAUAACGAAUGGUCAAAUAAUAUAACACAAACAGCGGCAAGUGUAAUUCCAUUUGAAAAAACCCGAAAUGCUGUACAGAUCGAGGAUAAUCAGCCACACAGUUUUUACUUUGCUUUUCUUACGGAAGAAAUUCUACAAAUAAUUGUUGAUGAGACCAAUAGGUACGCUGAACAAUAUAUGCAAAAUAGAAGAUCGACUCGUCUAGAUAAAUGGACACCAACCGACAAAGAUGAAAUAAAACGAUUUUUCGGACUACUUAUAUGGAUGGGCCUGGUGAAGUUACCGAAAUACGAAUCAUAUUGGUGUACCAAUAAUACCUAUUGCCAAUCAUUUCCAAGAACAGUCAUGUCGAGAAAUCGUUUUGAGUUGCUGUUACGAUUCCUUCAUUUCAGCAAUAAUCAAACAGCAAACAUAAAUGAUAGAUUGUAUAAGAUCAGACAACUUGUUGAUAUACUAAAUCAAAAUUUUUCCAAAUACUAUGAUCUAGACGAAAACAUAUGCAUCGAUGAGUCUUUGGUACCUUUCCGAGGACGGAUAAAAUUCAGGCAAUUCUUGAAGCAAAAACGACACAAAUACGGCAUCAAAGUUUUCAAAAUGUGUUCCGACCAAGGUUAUACAUACCAAUUUCAAAUAUAUUCGGGAAAAAACUUAAAUGAACAAUGCGUAACGCCCACAAGUAUAGUAAUGAAUAUAUGCCACAAUAUUCUACAUAGAGGCCACACAAUUUACACCGAUAAUUGGUACACUAGUAUAAAUUUAGCGGAAAAAUUAAUAGACUGCAACACUCAUUUAGUAGGAACCCUAAGAAAAGAUAGAAAGGGAAUACCCGUCGACGUCAAAUUUAAAAAAUUGAAACGAGGUGAGCUUAUCGCUAUGCAAAAUAAGAAGGGGAUUAUGGUCCUCAAGUGGAAGGACAAGCGUGAUAUUUUUAUGCUUUCGACAAAACAUUCGGCCGAAAUGGUAGAGGUCCGCAAAAAAAACUAUGUUUGUGAUAAACCAGUAAUAGUUGUAGACUACAACAAAGGAAAAUGUGGUGUUGAUGUAUCAGAUCAAAUGAUAGCGUAUUCUACACCACAUAGAAGAACCCUCAAGUGGUACAUAAAAUUAGCUUUAGAGUUAUUAUUGAAUACAUCAGUCUCAAACGCGCUGAUACUCUAUAAACUCGCCACGAGAACAAAAAUCAAGGUACCAGACUUUAGAAUGGCACUCGCAAUGCACCUUACACAGCGCCAUUCACCAGCACUGUCAAAUACACCUACUCGACGAAGAUUGCGGCACGAAAUGCAGAAGAAAGAAGGGCAAGCGUACCUGGAAAGAAAGUUUUGCAGAGAGUGUUAUAAAAAAAAUGUCAAACUGUUAGGAUCAAAAAUUGCUAAAAAUCGGACCAGAAAGGUGACCACCUACUGUCCAGAUUGCGUUGAUACGCCACAUUUGUGUUUAAAGUGUUUCAACAAAGUGCACCGUUAGAUGUUGUUAGACUUGUUAUAAUAUUUUCUUUUACUGAUGUUCUAAUAAAAAUUUUUAAUUGUUCAAUGAGGCACUUUUUAUUUUAAAGUAUUUUCUAUAUAUCGGCCAUAUUCAGAAUGCACUAACUGUCAAUUUUCAUUCAUUGUUUACAAUUGUAAAUAGUCGAAGCGCUCCGGUCACCAAUGACCACCGUGGCGUCACAGGACAAAUCGUGGCCGGUCAUAUAUGACCAACAUGGCAGUCAAAGUGUUAA